CCAGAGCCGUUGAAGGAACUUUUCUAGAAACAUGGAGCACCUUCCAUUCCGUUACGUCGCAUUUUACUCAGAAAUUUACUAACAUGGCAAAAAAAAAACUACCUAAUCAAGUCAAAUUAUUUCAAAUUACGUUUUAUUAUAUUAAAUUGUACAUUAAAUAUUAAAUUCAGUGGUGGCUGCAGAUAUAUUUUCAUAAUGUAGAAAUAGAAUGUAAAAAUAGGACUUUUUACAACAACGAAAAGACAUUUAUUCGUUGUGGUCAUAAAGUAAAAAGCAUUGCAUUAAUUAAUCAUAUUAUACUAUAGGCAUGGGUUAGUGGUCAGACGAUAUAAUGACACGACUGAACAGGGAGGAGCUGAGAAACUUUGCUUCAGGCAUGCGAUUCCUGUACUGAAGGAUAAUAUGCAACUUGCGUGUAAAUAAUCAUUUCGUCUUCGACUAAUAUCAACCGUCAGCAGAAGAUUUAUCAAACUCGCCGCCUCGGGAAAUUUGUUGUGACCGUGUGACAUAUUAGUUUUUAUUACAAUGGCGAGCUGGAAGAAUCACGUGCGUGCUCAGCUGCAGCGGAGAGACCAAACUGAGAAGGUCCCGUUCGCUGGCGUCUUCACAAGCUUGGCUCAGUUGGAGGAACGUUUUGAAAUUCGCAAACAAAUUGUGGAUGAUGUUCAGUCCAAGAGUUUGGGAACAGGUGGAUUUGAAGUUGGGAAAAACACCAGACUCCUUCAACUCCAGCUGAGAGAGAGUGAACACCUUGAAGAAAAGCUGUCCCAGACUGUCUCCGACCUGACCGCUGUCCUAUCUCUGAAAGAGGCUGAACUGCAGUAUUGGCAGUCACGAGUGUCCCGCUACCGUCGAGAGGCCCUCACUCUGGCCAAAGGGAGCAACACCCUGAAGGCAACGCUUUCGGGGUUGGAGUACACCGUUGAGUGUCAGUCCAAAGAGUUGGCGGCCCUGCGUGCGGAGCAGAAAGGACUGCGCGAGGCGUUGGCACGGGCCCGGAGAGAGAAAGACGAACUUCUGCGGCGAUGGUUGCAGGAGAAAGGGGAGGUGGCGGACAGGUUAAAUAAAUACAACGAAACGCAGGAAAGAUGGCGUCGCUUGGCCAAACCGCUGAAGAAGCACUUCCAUGAGGAGAGGAGGAAGGAGAACGUUCCCAUGGUGACGAGCUCUCGCAGUGGGGAAACGGAGACACCUUCAUCCGUCAUUCCGAGGAUCAAUAAUACAAAAGAUAUUCACCAGGAUCACUCAGACCACAACCACGUCUCCGAGGCGGCUCAAGUCUGAUAUUCUCAUUGGAUCCCGGAGACAACGGUUCUCAACACAAAGUUUGCUCAUCCAGUUUCGCCAGAAAAUGAGACCUGGAGUCGGGAGCUCUCUACAAGCACAGUGUUCAUGCUGACUCAGGUUCAAUCAUCACGGCCUCAGGCU